AGGCUAUUAGGAACAACAGCUAUUUCCUUCUCUCCAGCGCGCUCCUACUGGACAUAGUAGCCCAAGAGAAGAGCAUCUCCUUUCUCAGUGUAGGACCAAGACAAAGCAAAGUCACAUUUUUCCAAACCGGAGGCUCCUUGAUAAGCAGACAUGUCCCUGGCGCUUAUUGUGUCACUUGUGCUGGUUGCUUGUCAUCCAGGAAAAGCGUCCGUUCUCCGUCAUUCACCAGAAGAACCAGCGGAUGCUCAAUCUGCGCCAAUUAUCAGGACAAAUAGAUGCCUGGGAGAUCCACUGCAGAGCGUCCGCAAGGUCAUACUGGAUUCUCUGAAUCUACAGACCGAGCCUCACGUGUCCGUUCCUGGAAUGGCUCAGAUUCGAGAGCAGUGGAGAAACGUAUUCAGAGGCACCAGCGACUCAAGCCCCGUAGAGCAACACGCAGAGGACACCACACCACCAUCAUCAUCAUCCAGUUCUGGGAAUUCAACACACCUCCAAUGUUGCAAGUUUGCCUCCCAGGUUUUCAUAAAAGAUCUGGGCUGGGAUAAGUGGAUCAUUUACCCGGAGAGCUUCACCUUCGUCCAGUGCAGUGUGUGUGACCCACAGCAGAAUCAGCGCACGUUUAAUUGCAGAGAUGAUGACCCCUCGACUCUGGAUCCUAACUCACAGAAGCCGUGCUGUGAGGUCACCUCACUUGACACCGUGCCCUUCCUGUACCUGGACGAAACAAGCGCCCUUGUUAUCAGCUCCGUCCCCCUGACCCGCGAGUGUGGCUGCAGCCAUGGUGAUGACAGCCAGGCCCUUCAACCGUGAUAAACAACACCUCGAGUACAAAUGCCUCCCCCUACCUCUUUACGUCACACAGGUCUGUCACCGUCAUCAUCACGUACCGAUCGGGACAGCUUCCAUGUGGGUUUAUAAAAGCAACCACCUUUGCAUCUUUACUCACUGCUUGAUGCUGCUGGGAGGUCUACCAUAAUGCACACUGUAAAUAUUGUUGAUUUUGCAGGUGUUAAGAGCACACUGAGGACUGGCCACACUGAAUUCCACAAGACCAAAACUGAGCAGCUCUUAAUUAUUACCUUCAUUUUUAAUAGACAAAAUGUCUGAUGUUCAGUGGAGAUUCGCAGUGGUCUUUCACUGAACAUUCAUGCACUUUGAGUCAAGGUUAAGUUGAAAUAAUAAAUCUCACUGAAAGUUUUAUUGACAUGACUAUUUUAUAGCUUCAUAGCUGGAGUCUGGAAAGGGAUUAGAUAAUAGCUACUGGGUGUUCCUCACAAAAAUGUGGGCACUGCAGCAAGCCUAACCAUGCCAGACGUUUCCCAGUCCAGGCCUCCUGGGUUAUUUAAACAGCAUAAACAUGUUAACAUCGAGGAGCUGACUUUCAGCAAGAAGAAGUAGCCCUUAUUCCUAAACUAUAAGUGCAUAUUUUGUAUUCAUGGCUUUUCGCCGUCAUUUCAAGGCUGGCAUUCAGGCGCAGCUGUGCCCCAGUGUUAUUGAGCUAUUUUGUUCUUCUUAGAAAAGGAGCACAGUUAGGACAUUUUGAUUACUUAGUAUAUUUGUGAGGAUGUAGUAGGUCCAUUUUGUGCCAUACAUGAGAUUAAAGCUGUUUAAACUAUUGAACAUUAUUUUGUUCUUCAGUGUGUCCAAUAUCUGAAAUCCUAUUUAUGAGACGUAUUAUCUAUUGUCCCAGUCCACUAAUUUCACCCUUUUUGUAAUUAUAUUGUCUACUGACAGAACACUUUCUGCACUUAUUUACACUGUCUUGCUGUGUAUUUCCUGAAUGGUUACACCUAUCAUGCUUUUUUUUGUCCUUAGACAUUUAAUGCACAUGUAAGUGCAGGACAUGCAAGGUUUUUUUAAUCACCAAACCAAUAUCUAGACCAGUAUUAUUUUACAUUAGAUGUGUGUAUCAUGUAUUUCAUUAAAUAAAAGCUUCAUAAAAAAAAAAGUAAUUUUUUUCAGUGUUAUUGAUGCAUUCAUUCAGAAGCAUACGCAUAGAAAUACAACUUUGCCUUACCUUUGUUUUGCUAAAUCAUCCAGUGACAGGAAGGGUACCUAUUAACAAGCGAAUAGAAAAUACUACUAUAUGAUUGGUUGGAUACAGAAAUGUUCUCUAUGUUCUCAAAUAGAGUUUUUCUUAGUGCCCAAAGUUUGUGUCCCGUGUUCAUUGGCCUUUGAAACUUCAGUCACACUUUUUUUUCCCUGAAGGGUGAGUUCAGUUCAGAGGUUUAUUUAAAUAACUUUGGUCAUCCUCUCUAGUCUGUUGACUGAAAUACUGCAGACUAUUUUGUUUCAAUAUCUUUGGCUUUCCAGGCAGCUUUUUUUCCUGGCACAUCUCUGUAAAACACGCCUCACAUUUAUAUCAUUCAGAAUUGCAGCUCAUUGGGCACUCAAGAUCUCUGCCACUGCUGCUUUCUCUCUCUCUCUCUCUCUCUCUCUCUCUCUCUCUCUCUCGUCUUUCUUUAUUUUCUCCCCUCCAUCUUGCAGGACGUUUGGUAUAAAACAAAAACAAAAUGGUCUCAGCAGCGUUCAGCCAUCCAAGCUGAGUGAGUUAAACAGGUGGGGAAGGAAAAAAAGAGGUAAAAUCGACACACAAGCAGGAAGCCAAGACCAGCAGGAGAAGUGAGAAGUGGUGUAUCUCUGGAACGAAAUGGCGUAUGUCAGCUCUUUCUGGCUGCAGUGGGGAAUGGUGUGUUCUGUGUUUGCGUUGGUGUUUGCUCAAGACAGCUUGUGGGACUGCAGUGACAGGGAUGACAUUCUCAGGGACGUGCCUGCCGAGGUGAACACACCGUCUGAUUGCACUCUCGACUGCACAGCGCGGACUUACAGGGCUGUUUUGGAGCUGCAGAACAGACUUACUAUUCGCUUCACAGACUCACAUGCGGGUGAUCUGGAGGAGUAUUGCUGGUCCACCCGGAUAAAAUGCAGCCCUGGCCAACGUCUGCAGAGCGCGUUUAUCCUCCUACCUGUGGACUUAUCUGUAGUGGAUAGAGAAACCCUCAGACUUCAGAUCAACUCAGAGACUAAUGGAGCAACUCUGCACCAACACACCGAGUACUCUCUUUUCCCAUCUGAGUGUGGCCUUCGCUUCGAUGUCACGGAGCACAUAGCUGCAAAAGAGCGCCAGGCAAACCUCUGUGUAAAAAUAAUAGCUCAGGAGCAAAGCACCCUGGGAAGAGGGCUAAUGUGUCCGCCGUUCCUGGUCACGACCUGGGAGAAAUGGAAUCAAGGAUAAACGUGACGAAUCCAUUUUCGCUGUCAUAUCUGCCAUCAGUUAUUGCUAUAUGUAACAUAAGAUCUGAUGCACAGCCAUCAGCAAUCACGAUCUAUUAGCUAAGAGAGCACCAUGAGCACUUGCUUUGUACAUAUACAUUUAAUUAACUGUUAUAUUGCCUAAUAUCAGAAGGCAUUAUGUUAUGUAUGUCCAGCAUAAACUCUACAACUUCAAGUGGAUUAUAUUUUAUGGAGAUACAUUGCAUUAAUACAUGAAAUGAAAUUCAGAAUGUGUAGCAAAGCUACAUUCAUACGUAUCUACAUAUCAGUGCUACAUAUCUUUACUUUUCUACGGAAUACCUGCCACGUCCAAAGGCCAAGAAAAUCUCAAACCUUUAUGGAUUAGGAGACAACGAUCGAGGAAAAUAAAUGAACUGACUGCAAGACCUCUUAUUUGCAUUGUGUGUGUGUGUGUUUUUUUACAGCAGUGUAUUUUUUUAAUGUGAGAAGUAAUGCAUAUUGUUCUGAAAGAUAUUCUUCUGUUCAUGCAUUCUUAUUCCCAGUUAGUUUGCUGUUCUUAAUUGAGUUGGUUUAUUGUGGAAAAAUUAAGGUUUAAGGAAAAGGUUAUUUCUGUUUUAUUUUUAACAUGCAGUUAUGUGAAGAUAUUUUCUUAUUACUUAUUGUGUCUAUAAUCUGUAAUGUACUCUUUUUCUGGCAGUCCAAAUCACAAUAAAUAAGUCUGUACCAUUA